GGGCCUUCUCGGCGGGAGCGGCUCGGUAAGGAGACUGGGCCGCCGGCGGGGCGGGGACGGCCCAAGGUCGGGCAGGUCGGAGCCCGGCCCCGGCGGGGAGAGCCCAAGGUCGUGCAGAACAAGUUUGGAGACCCUCCUCCUAGACGGGACGGUGAGAGACCUCAAGGCUGGCAGCAGCCCCGCUGAUCCCGGGUGAGGUCCUGCAGCCCGCCAAGCCUGAAUCCACGCAAGCGCGAUCCUGUAGAUAGGCUGCAGGGCACGGGCUUCGAAUUGUAAAAGAAACUUAAGGACUUCAAGAUGACAGGAAGAGAGUUUCUUGAACUAGAUUCUCCGCAGCAAAGACUAUCUUUGGAAAGAUUUAAGCGGAUGGAAGUCAUACAAAAGAUUUUCAAUGAGCUUCCUAAAGCAGAUCAGAAUCUCUGUAAUCAUGGAUCAUACUUCCUUGCAGCAAACUCAAGUUUAUGCGGUUUAGCAGCAAAUAACUUCUUCAGGAACAUCCUACACAUCAGAAGGGCUUCCUUGGUGUCUGCUUUGCCAAUGGCUGUUAUUCCAUUCCUUUCAACAGCAGCGGUGUAUGAAGUUUUUGUGCGCGAGCCUUUAUUUGCAGGUGAGCUAAACUGUGAGGUCUGCGCUGUGGUCAGAGGAGGAUUAAUAGGGGCUGUUGUGGGUGGUCUCUAUCCUGUUUUCCUGGCUCUCCCUAUGAACGCAAGCCUCGCAGCCAGGUAUUCUUCAUCUCCCUUGCCAGGGAAAGAAAAUCUAUUACGCUUCUGGUUCAUGACUGCUCAGCCUAUCUUUAGAAAGAUGAGUUUGGGUGUACUUAUACAGGUUCUAACUGGAUUAUACCUUGCUACUAAACAUCACGGAAUAUAUGUCAAAAUACUGCAGCGGAUGCAUGCUAGCAGGGACCCUGAAGAGUUACAAGUCUGAAGUAACUUUUCAAUUGCUUUGGAUAAGUAACCAUAAUAAACAAAGAAAGAAGUUG